ACUAAAUAAACUUGAAGAUACUGUUGUACUAAUUAAAGGAAAGAUUGAAGAAGUUCUUCUUCCUGUAGAAAAAGUGGAUAUUAUUGUGUCUGAGUGGAUGGGCUAUUUUCUUCUUUUUGAGUCUAUGUUAGAUUCUGUCCUUUAUGCAAAGAACAAAUACUUGGCAAAAGGAGGAUCGGUCUACCCUGACAUUUGCACUAUCAGCCUCGUAGCAGUAAGUGAUGUAAAUAAACAUGCUGAGAGAGUUGCUUUCUGGGAUGAUGUUUAUGGCUUCAACAUGUCCUGCAUGAAGAAAGCAGUUAUUCCAGAAGCUGUCGUGGAAGUUUUGGAUCCGAAGACUCUUAUUUCAGACCCUUGUAGUAUUAAGCAUAUAAAUUGCCAUACAACAUCUAUCUCAGAUUUGGAGUUUUCUUCAGAUUUUGCCCUGAAAAUCACAAAGACGUCCAUGUGCACAGCAAUUGCUGGUUACUUUGAUAUAUAUUUUGAAAAGAAUUGCCACAACAGAGUCAUGUUCUCUACGGGCCCCCAGAGUACCAGAACACACUGGAAGCAAACAGUAUUUCUACUGGAAAAGCCAUUUUCAGUUAAAGCAGGUGAAGCCUUGAAAGGAAAGAUCACAGUUCACAAGAAUAAAAAAGAUCCUCGUUCCCUCAUUGUGACCCUCACCUUGAAUAAUUCAACUCAGACUUAUGGCCUCCAGUGACCAAGCCAUAAGAGCACAGCUAACUUGCAGUUUUUACCAGAGGGUGAGGUGGGUCUGAGGGAGGGAGCAGGCUUUGUGUGGAUGGUGGAACUGGUCAUCUUGACUCUCCUUAGUGCAGCAUGGGAGGAGUGCAAGGCAGUUCAGCUGAGGACAGGGGAGACUGAUCAUACUGCUUCAUAGUGAUCCUGUUCUUAGAUGUCUACUUAGCCAGAUUUAACCAAAUGUAGCCCAUCCCUUGACUUUAGCUAUAUGGAAAAUCAUUUAAAUUGGCUUAUUUCUGGAACAAUGCUAGUCUUUUGGGUUUUUUUAGUAAGUUUUUUACUAUAAAUUUUAAACAAUAAUGAAUUCAUUUUAGAUAAUGUUUUAUUAAACUAGCACAAAAUACAUAUUUUAUUGCUGAUUUCUUGAAGAGGAAUAGUUUUUAAGUAUAUUAUUGGCUGAAUUAUCAGGAUGUAAUAGAGAGCAAGUAUAAGGGACUAAAGCAAGAGCAUCACCUUCUACAAAUCAUAUUUGAAGACAGUUUAGUUGACUGUCCUGUCUAGCAUACCUGUACAUCUCACUUUGUAGUUUCUUCCCACUUCAUGAAUAUUCUUUAGCCAUAGAGUUCCAGUAUUGCCCAGGAAUUCUAAUUUCAAUAAAUUUAUUUUAGGUUUCAUAGAAAUUCUUAAAUAAUGGGAUAAAUGUGUACUUGCACUUACUUACUUACAACUUACCUUUCCCAAACUAGAUUUAUGCACAAAGGUUAAACAUGUAACUGCUAAUAUACUUAUCUCACUCUAAAAUUGUGUCAUUUGUAAUUAUUGCUUAAGUUUGAAAUGAAAAAUAAUAAAAUGCACAAAAUAGCUAUUAACAGUAUUUCAACACAUUAAGGCCCUUUGUACAGUGAAAGACUUGUCUUAAAUACAUUUGAUUAAAACAAUGCAUUUUAAGAAAAUGAGGAGGGCUGUGUACCUAUUUGAAGUUCAACAACAUCAGGAUCUUUGUCAAAAGCAAACAUAGACCAGGCAGCUUAGCAUAAGGGUGAACAGCAGAAGCUCUGCAGUCAGUGCCUAGGAUCUAACCCCGGCUCUAGCUCUUAACCUUCAGUGAAUCUGAGUCAUUCCUUGACCUGUCUCUCUUUCCAUGAAUGCACCCGUUUAUGUUAAUAAUUUCAAGUGUUUAGAUCGGGGCCUGGCACACAGAAAACACUGCGUAAAUGUUAGGCAAGAGCAUCUCGGUCACGAUGCAUUCAAGGACACCUUCCGAAGAAUACAUGACAUCCACAUAUGGUUACUUUGACAGUUAUCAACCCCAUCGGAUAGUAAUUCUUACCCUAGUGCAGGAAUGGGUGAGAAUGUGGCAAUAGAAAAGAUUCAAAAUGACAAAAUCUCUAUCAAAAAGAAAUUAUCUUUUAGUUUUUAUUAGAAGACUGGACCAUUAGCAGUGGGAAAGUAACCCUUCAAAUAAUGGUUUUAAGAUAGUAGUCCUUCAUAAGCAUGAUCUCUUAUUUCCCCUGGAUUAACCAGCCAGUUUGUUUUCACCAGACCAUUACUGAAAAUGUAUAGUGCUGAUAAUAUCUUUAAAGUAUUUUUUGUUUGUUUGAAGAGAGUUUUUGUUGUCCAGGUGCCCUUAGUGAUCCUCCCACCUCAGCCUCCCAAGUAGCUGGGGCUGCAGGCACUUACCACCAAGACUGGCUCCUCAUUUAAAUUUUGUUGUGACUGAUUUCAUGUGCAAAUAUUUAAUAGAUUAGGAUCAUAAAUAAAUGAGGCUCAUAGGAAGAUGGAGUGGAUUUUUUAGGUGGCCAAAACCCCAUCUUUUUAUUGGUUUUUUUUUAAGUAAAAAAUACUUCCUGUUGUGUAAAGAAGUAUUUCUGAAAAAUUACUCCCUUUAAAACCUUCAUUUUCAUGGAAUCUUCACUCAGUGACCCUUGACAUUCUUCUGUUGACCCAGCCAUAGUUAUUAGAUCUGUUCUUUUCAGUUGGCCUACCCACACUGGGAUUUUCUAAUUUGUGUACCUAAGUGUUUUAUGAGAACAUGAACAUCCAAAUGUUAGCUCUCCAAUCAGAAUUUCUGCCAUUAAACUGCUGUGAAAAAUAAGUACUUCAUAGCACUUGACAAUGAUAAAUACGCUGUCCUUUCAUGCUGAGGGCAGAUGAGCAUUUACAU